AUGCAACGCGUCCGACACCGGAAUCAAGAUCGUAUACUACAGGCGAGGCGAGAUUCCCCCAUCGAAAUUCAAGGGCCCAUUCGACAAGGAACACCAGAAGCGACUGGCUGCGUGGUCGUUCGAAAAAGCCCAGGAAGAUCGUCCGCGCUCCCCGGAUCUAUCACUUUCACCUUGUACGACCCUGCCGGACUAUCUACUUAUCUACGAUCCCGGGAGGAUGCCGACCCAGUUCCAGACCAGGCCCGGCCCAGGUUACCAGGGGUGCAUCUGUCUAGUGAAGCGACGCCGGCGGCCUACCAUGACGAAUUCAUCCAAGAUCGACAGGCAACUGCAUCCUUGUCUUCCAUCACCGCUGUUGAUCCAGAAAGCUUCAGCGACUCAACAAUGACGCUCUUCCUCGAUCCUCUUGAAGACGACUCCCCAAUAAAAUCCAAGGAACCCAUCCGCAAUACCGCGCCGCACAUUCGAUCGGGUACCACGUCGGCCUUACCGACAAAGGGUAUGCCCUCGCCGUUCGCCCCGGACGAUCUAUCACAUGCGUUGAACGCUGUACAGAUCUGUUCAUAA